CUUUUUUCUUCUGAUAAUUACAGUUUCCAGUAAAACUAGACCAGGUAUGUUCCGGUGUCUUUUAAACGAUUAAAGAGUCUGUGCUACAUAUUUUUAAGCUUUGUGACCUUUUUCUUCCUUUUAUACUGAUGUCAAAUUGGAACAAUCUACCUGUCGAGAUCUUGGCCGAGAUCGUGGAUCUUGCUUUGGACAGUGAUGAAACAAACACAUUCAUGUUACAGUGCAUGUUGAUUUCCAAACAGUGGUCUAUGGUUAGCCGAUCCAUUAUCUACAAGAGUGUAACUUUAUGCAAAAGCAGCCAAUUCGAACAAUUUGUUACAAGCAUGCUCAAUUCGUCUAAUGGUCAAUUAGUCAAAAAGGUUAGCUUGUUAUACGAUGACCAAAACCAACUGGAGCUCAACUUGGGACGAUUAUUCAAAUCCUGUCCAAAUAUCAUCUCUCUGAACCAAUCAAGAUAUAAAAAAAGUUCAUUUUUUGCCAAAUUGCUUUUGGAAGUCUUGACCGGAAGCGGAACCAAGUUAAGAAGAAUCCCUGCUUACGAUUUCAAAGACCCCAGUAAUAUUCGCGUGUAUGGAUAUGCAACAUAUGCAUUGAAAGAUACACUGGAAUGUAUGCGUCUUUAUGAUCACCUUACGACCAAGUCCACCUUUGAACAAAACGAGGCACUAAACCAGUUGCAGAUGUACAAAAAUCUGAAGUCAAUUCGUUUUGAACUGAAAAAUCAUAGCAACCUUUUUACGGUCUUGGAAAAGAUUCAAUAUUGUCACUCCUUAAGUUCUGUACGUAUUUUAGCUGACUGGGACGAUGAUGAUGUAGAAAAACAUUUGGGAAUCGUAGAACCUUUACAUUUACAAUCUCUCUCCAAUGUCCGAUAUCUACAGAUAAGUGAAAUGCUGACAAUCAGUUCCACACUUAUCCAGUAUGUUUUGCGUUUGUUCCCAAACGUCAAAUCAUUUGAAUAUGCUGAUAAUUAUAAUCCAGAUAUAUUCCACAGGAAUCGUGUUCAACGUUUAUCUGCAGAAGAAUGGGAACGCUUUAAUACUCAGGGGAUAGAAAUACCUAAUGAACUUUGGAUACAAUUCUUGACGUAUGUGGCCUCAAUGACAAUUUGCACGAUACCCCACCUGUUUGUAAAGGACAUCGAGGUCUUCUUCGACGUACCCAACUUGUAUGAAAACCUCCAAAUUUUAGCGGAUGACUGGUUACCUCAAUUCGAUAGGGACUUCAAGGUAUAUUUCGGUAUCUUUUACAAUACCACUGACGAAAAGAAUAUUCGUAAUAUGCAUCAAAAAGAAAAUUAUAAACGCCAUAUUGUCUUGAAUUGUGACAAAAAAAUACGCCUUGUUGACUGUCCAAAGAUAAACGCGAUCAAGACUCUUGGGCCUAAUUUAAAAGCAUUGGAUUUUGAUGCUGGUUCACAACGCGAUGUAGAUGGAAAUAUCGAAAAUUCGGUAGAAGCUAAUUUGUUUGAUCUUAUUUCGGAUUAUUGUCCGCACUUAGAUACAUUGUGGGUUACAGACAGCACAUUCCAUCAUAAAAAGCAACAUACUGUCAAGCCAAUCCGAUCUCUGGAACGUAUCCAAUUCAGAUAUUGUCAAUUUGAUGAAGACUACCUGUGCCAGCUGUCUAGCCGCUUACCCAGCAUGCUACAGUUCGCCAUAUUUCUUGAUUGUAGUAUGAGCGUCUGAUGUACAAGACAGAAACCGAUUCCGACGUCGAACAAACAGUUUUCAUCAAAUUAACAAAGAACAAGGCUACAUCUGUCUUUUACAAAGUCUCCACAAAUAAUCAACUGGCUGUAUCUUCGUCCUUAGAAUUUGAAACUUCCAAGGACAAUCAUAUGGUCGAAACUAUUGAUAUACGUUGUUUCGAUAUCAAAAUGUUGGCUAUCAAAGUACCAUUCUUGCAAUCUCUUCUUCGCAUAGAAGAACAGGCCAUCAUUUGUGACGACGAAAGUUAUAUGAACUUACCUGAUUUUAGUUUGUUCUAUGCAAACUUUUAAAUACUGCUGAAUAAAAUC